AUGCAGCACAAUGGCGGACACGCUCUCAGCAGCCGGUCACCGCCUGCAGCCAACACCACCACCAAGUCCCUCCAGAGUCAGAACCAGAACCAGUCGCAGACCCAAUUCCAGAGCCAGUCCCUGAACGACCAGGACUCUGACGACGGCAACCAGCUGCAUAGUGCUGAUGAAAACGAUCUCGACCAGGACGAUCAGGAUGUUACCCGUCUUGGGAAGCGCAAGAGACCCAUAUCUGUCUCUCGCAAUGGUGCUCUUUGCGAAUACAAGGAGCGUAAGAAGCCUGGACUUCGCGCAGGCUACGGCCGGGAACUUGAGCAACGCUUGGAUAAGCUCGAGGAAAUCCUCAGAGCGCAUGCCGAGAUCCUUCAAGCAACUCUGACCUCCAGCCAACACAAUGGCACGGCGCCAAGUAUACGGAACAGCAACCCAAGUCUACCCAGUGACCACGGCACUCCACGGGAAGCCGCGAAUUUGUUUCGCCCGUCAGAGUCGAUCAGGACGCCACAGGCCGAGACUGCCCUCUUCUUGCAAAAGCCGUCCACUUAUCCACCCUCAACGCAGUCCAUGGAGUUUGGCAUGCCUCCCCCGACGCCUUCAAUGCAUGAAUUUCAGGGACAGAUGCCCAUGAGCAGUAUGCCCGCACCUCCGAGCCAUGUGACUGCCAUGUCCCAUCCAAGCAGUGCGGCUCAAGAGUACUACGGCACGAACCAGACGCAACUCCACUCGCCAGACGUUCCAAUGGCCCAGAGUCAGACCUCAACUACACCAGAUCAAGAGCUUCCACCUUACGACUUGCUCUAUGCCCUUGUAGACCUAUAUUUCAAGCACAUCAAUACAUGGUGCCCGAUUCUGCACAGGAAAUCGACUCUUGAUUCCCUAUUCGGACCCUCCACUCUCGAAGAGACCGAUCGCAUCCUUCUCCACGCCAUCGUAGCCACCACCCUGCGCUACUCAACCGAUUCGAGACUCACGGAGGACAGCCGGCAGCACUAUCAUUCCAUAUCCAAACAAAGAGUCUUGCUGUAUGGCAUGGAAAAUUCUUCGGUCAAGGCUCUCCAAGCGUUGGUGAUUCUGGCCCUCGAUCUAGUAGGGAGCAGCAAUGGCCCGCCAGGGUGGAAUAUCAUGGCUUUGAUCACAAGAUCGGUCGUGCAACUGGGUUUGGCUGUUGAGAGCACAUCCUUCUCAGUCUCGCCCAACUUUACAUCAAUUUAUACACUGAGGGCCAUGAUUCUCCCGGAGCCAAAGGAUUUCAUCGAAGAAGAGUCACGACGGCGGCUUUUCUGGAUGAUAUAUCUUCUGGACCGCUAUGCCACAUUGGCAACCGCCUUCGAGUUCGCACUUGAUGAUAAAGAAAUCGACCGCACAUUACCUUGCAGAGAUGAUUUGUGGAUCAAGAACCAAAAGGUUGAGACGCGGUGGUUUCGUACGCAAGACCAUCCUGAGGAUACGAACCCUGAGUAUGACAUCAAUAAGCCGGAGAAUCUCGGUGCUUUCUCGUAUUACAUUGAGAUCUUAGCCAUCCUCUCCAAGAUCCACAAGUUCUUGAAGCAGCCUGUGGAUAUCAGUGCGUUGAGCGAUGUUGAGCAGUGGCAAAUGCGGUACAAGGAGUUGGACAACAUGCUCACAUCGUGGAAAUUCGGUCUCCCCGGUGAAUACGGCAAUAUGGCGAAACUAUUCCAGCCCGGCAACAAGAUGCUCAACUGUGGCUGGGUCAUGCUACACGCCACGUACCAUACAGCAGUCAUCCGACUGCACUCGUCAGCGGCAUAUCCAACCACCCGGUCUCCUAUAUUCACCCCCUCUUACAGUGCUUCACAGAGAUGCCACGGCGCCGUCGAGAACAUAGCCGCACUGGGCGAGUUCGUCGUGAACAAUGGCCUGCUGGCGAAGCUGGGUCCCCCUUUCGCAUUUACACUCUGGGUGGCCUCUCGUUUGCUUUUAGUCCACGGGUCAACCGUAGAACACAAACUUUCGCCUCAAAUUCAGUUUUUCGUGGAAACCCUUCGCGAGAUGGGAAGAUAUUGGCCAGUGGCAGCGCGCUAUUGCGGCCUUCUUCAACGCGUCUUGGACGAACACCGCGACAGCGAGCGACAGGGAGACGGCGUCACCCCGAGCUCAGUCAAGAUACUAGCUGACAUGCGCCGGACGGCUUUUGACCUCGACUUUCUGAUUUCGCGGCAGCCUCGUGCGAACGGGGUGCCCAACCACAGCCGCUUACCAAGCGUUACGCCGGCACGAACACCGGCGCCUAAUGAGCUCGAGUAUUUGGAUGUCUUUGACUUCUUCAAUGUGCCACGUUUGCCGGUGGGCAAUGAGAACAUCGCCAGUAUCCAGCAUGCGGCUGGCGGGCCCAGUGGGCAAAAUGGAGCAUCAUCAGGGGUUGAUGCAAACAGCGAGAACGGCGGCUCCAGCGGACCAGCUCCUCCGGGCAACGAAUUCAACAUUACGAAUUUCAUGGUGGACGCGAACAGCGACUGGCUCUUUAAGCAGGAGGGAGCUAAGUUUCUCACAUGA